AUGGUUAAGAUCGAUGGGCCAAUCCAGUUGGACCCCAUCUCUCCCCAUGUCGCUGAGAGAACAUUUGCCCGCUCAAGAAGAAGGGAAAAUCUAAAAGACACUCCAUACGCUCGUGAUCCAGAUCUCGCGUAUGAUCGCACACGCAAUAACCUUCUCGAAGGCCCUGCGAUUGCAAAGGCGGUGACCGAGGCGACUCUUCCUGGACCUAUGAAGGCAGUUUGCGAGCUCGGUAUUUCUCUUCCUGGAAACGACAAAGCCUCAAAGAAAUUCACCAGAGGCUCUCUACCCAUAUUGAAUCUUGAUGAAAGCAUUGGGACGUUGCCUCCGAGACAUCGGCCAGCGGCGAUUGCCGAAUUCAAACACGCGCAACAGCAAUACGUAGCUGGCCUGAAAGUCAUCGGGACAGGCUCAAAGACAUGCUCGCCCAACGAGGCAGCGUCACCUUGCGUAGCAUCCUCGGAAAGAUUGCAGACGCACGCAUUGAUCCAGAUCAUUGCAUCGAUCAAGGAAGAGAUUGCCCAGCCUCGAAAAUCUUUCUGUAGGCAAUCGCAAACUGCGGUACCGACUGACUCGACGUUUCAGGAAGCGACAUCAAGAUCCAUGAUUGUCCUUCAAGAGGAAGCAUGGAAGAUGGCCAGCCUGGGCCUGAGCAGGCCCGACCCAUGGGUACUCAGCACCAGCUCUGCUUGCCUGGGACGCGGACUUCAGUUCUCCAAGAGAUCCGCAACUGGCUACUGGCGAAGAUCUGGGAAAGCCUAUCUUUGGCUUUGCGACAUCGGUGGACGGUUUAUCCAGUUUAUUUUUGCCCGUUUCUUCUUCUCGAAGAACGCUCGUUCGACAUCAGAGACGGACAUUGUCUGUACAAAACUUGCUAAAGACCUCGGCUCAAAGGACGACACCAUCCGGGCUUAUGUCAAAGACGCAUUCGAGAAGGACGAGGAGCUCGGCACGAGACCAUUAUCUUACCAGUUUUGA